UAGAAGCUGUAGCCUGAAAACAUUGCUGGGCUCCCUCAGAUCACCACACUCCAAGACAGAGAAGCCAGAGAAGCCUGAAGCUGGCUGUGGGGAAAGCUCUGGAGCUUGGAGGCCAUUGUAGCCCUGUGUAGAAACAGAGAGCUGCCAUGUGCACGAGGAAGUGUUCUAAGUGCAUUGGAAUCACCCUGCUCCCGCUGGCAGCCUGUGCCAUAGUCUCCAACAUCCUCCUGUACUUCCCCAAUGGACAAGUUCUGCAGCUUAGCGAGAUAACGGAUCUGGUCUGGUUUUUCCAUGGCAUACUGGGAGCUGGGAUGCUGGUUAUUUUGCCGGCAUUCAUGAUGCUGGGAGCAGGCAGAGCAAGAUGUUGUGCUAACAGGUGUGGGAUGCUGCUGUCAGUGGUCCUGGCUGUGCUGGGAUUUGCAGGAGGAACAUACUGUGCAGUCAUUUCCUCACUGGGACUGAUUGGAGGCCCUCUGUGUGACACAGGCGAUGGAGAAUAUCUCUACCCUUUCAGGAACGCCAGUCUGGAAGACAAUUAUUUGUUCAACCAGACAACGUGGAGCAUUUGCAAAGAACCUGAAAAUAUCAUCCUUUGGAAUGUCAUCCUUUUCUCUAUUCUCCUGGCCAUUGGUGUCAUUGAAGCCAUCCUUUGUCUUAUUCAAGUUGUCAGUGGACUUGCUGCUUUCAUAUGCGGCACAUGUAUGAGGAGAAGAAAGGUUGGUAUGCAGUAG